AUGCGUUUCGUUCCUAUUCUCGUCGCCUCUUUGGCUAGCAUCUCCCUCGCUGCCCCUGCCCCUGCUAAACGCCAGGAGGCCAGCUCGGAUCCGCUUAGCCUGGGCCCAACUGUCGAGGACAUCACGAACCAAGUCACCGGCCUCGUCGGCUCCAUCCUCAAACGCCAGGAAGCCAGUUCCGAUCCCCUUUCCUUAGGCCCCACCAUCGAAGAUGUCACGAACCAAGUCACCGGCCUCGUCGGCUCGAUCCUCAAACGCCAGGAGGCCAGCUCGGAUCCGCUUAGCUUGGGUCCCACCGUCGAAGAUGUUACAAACCAAGUCAGCGGCCUGCUAGGGAAGAGCUCCAACUAA